CCUGUGAUUAUUUGGGGGAGAGGAUGGCCUCUCUGUUUGGGAUAACUUCAGCCAAAUAUCAGUACGCUAUUGAUGAGUACUACAGGAUGAAGAAAGAGAGGGAGGAAGAGAAAGAGGAAAACCGCCUUUCUGAGGAAGCAGAACGAUCCUUCGACCAGCAGCAGCCUCAGGGAGAUGAAGACGAGCCGAUCGCCGUGACGGGCCCGCUGGAGGAAGCCGCGGCUCACCCUGAUGUGACCUAUCAGAUCGAGGAUGAAAAUCAGGCGUCUUCGAACACCAUCAGAGUCCCUGCCAUCGUCACGGCAACCUAACUAACCCCGGAAACGGACGUUUGCGCUUCGAUGUCUGUUUGUUUGUUGAAGAAGGAACACCGUCUUGUUUCACUGAGCACCGUUUGGUUUGUGUACGACGCAGUUUAGAUGGGCAGUGCUGCUGUAUUGUGGGUGUUUGGCGAGAACAGCUGACUGCUGGUGUCCCUUUGCAACAGUGCAGCAGCUGAAAACGUAACUGCUGGAUAACGGGGCAACGAAUUUUAGGGUUUGUACGGUCACGAAAAACCUGAAAAAGUCAUCAAAUUUGCAAAUAGCAAUUCCCAAGCCUGGAAAAGUUUUCAA